AUGUUCGAGGAACGACUCAUACUCGGAGUAGCCUCGGCCUGCUCGACUCUGGCGAUCGUCAUCUGGCUAAUUAUCGUACCAUCGCUCUACAACACCAUCAACGAGAUUCACGAUGAGGUGCUCGAUGGCGUCUCCGUGUUCCGUGUUGAGACCGACUCCGCCUGGACCGAGAUGAUGGACAUUCAAAUCGCCUUUAGUCCGGCAUCGAAACCUCGCGAGAAUCCUUUCAACUCGAUUUUCCGUCCGAAGAGACAGACCGGUUUGCCACCGUGGUGCAUUUGCGAGCCCCUCAGAGCAACUUGCCCGCCCGGCCCUCCGGGACCUCCCGGACCACCUGGACAGCCUGGGAAUCCUGGUCCUCCUGGUCCGCCUGGCAUGGACAACACCGUCACAUAUGCGCCGCUCACGUGCCCUCCUAUUGACACCGCAUGUAUCAAGUGUCCACCUGGACCUGCUGGACCUCCUGGAGAAGCAGGACCAGCAGGAAUGCCUGGAGGCGACGGACACCCUGGACAGCCUGGAUCGCCAGGCAAAGGUGGACCGCCUGGUCCAGCCGGCCCACCAGGAGACGCUGGGCAACCAGGGCAACCAGGAUCUCCUGGGCACCCUGGAGAACCUGGAAAAGACGGCACUCGCGGAAGAGGAGGUGCUGGGCCACCUGGACCUCCCGGACCUCAAGGACGUCCAGGAGGUCCUGGUCCUGGCGGCCAACCUGGGCCGGGUGGCUCUCCAGGACCACAAGGACCUCCUGGAGAACCUGGAGCUCCCGGACACCCGGGACCCGAUGGACAGCCUGGUAUGCCCGGAGCACCUGGUACUGUUGGACGAGAUUCUGGCUACUGCCCAUGCCCACCCCGAUCGAUGGUCUACAUAAGGCGGAAAUACCAUCACUGA